AUGAGUUUUGAUGUUGACAAUCUCAUUGAUCGCCUUCUGUCAGUUGGAUUAAGCGGUGGUGUCGCACUUACCAAAUGCGUUCCUGAACAAGAAAUUAUAUCAUUACUUGGUACCGCCCGACAAAUCUUUCUUUCUCAACCACCUUUGAUCGAAAUCGAACCACCUGUUAAAGUAUGUGGAGAUUUACACGGACAAUAUGCUGACUUACUUCGUCUGUACAAUCGUUGUGGCUUUCCACCUGAUGCUAAUUAUAUUUUUCUCGGUGAUUAUGUUGACAGGGGUAAACAAAGCUUAGAAACGAUCUGCUUGCAAUUCUGCUAUAAAACUAAAUAUCCGGAAAAUUUUUUCUUGUUGCGUGGAAAUCAUGAAUGCGCUGCAAUUAAUCGCGCUUAUGGAUUUUAUGAUGAAUGCAAUCGACGUUACAGCAUACGCUUAUGGCAAAUGUUUCAGGAUGUUUUCAAUUGUUUACCAUUUUGCGGUUUGAUAGCAGGGAAAAUAUUUUGCAUGCAUGGUGGUUUGUCACCAAAGCUGAACAACUGGGAUCAGUUACUGCACAUUGAAAGGCCCAUAGAUCCACCAAAUCCUUCAAUUCAUAUCGAUUUGCUUUGGGCAGAUCCUGAUAAAUGGGUCCGUGGCUGGCAGCAGAAUACACGUGGCGUAUCUUACGUUUUUGGGGCUGACGUAGUGAAUGCAUUCUGUCAGGACAUGAAUAUUGAUCUCGUCGCUAGAGCACAUCAGGUGGUUCAAGAUGGCUACGAAUUUUUUGCAAAUCGUAAAUUGGUGACUAUCUUUUCCGCUCCGCAUUACUGCGGUGAAUUUGACAAUGCUGCAGCGAUAAUGACUGUGGAUGAUCAAUUGCUGUGUUCAUUUGAUGUACUUCGUUCCACCAGUAAUCCAAUUCGUGUCUCGCAAUCUUAA